AUGUUCCUGCACUUCCAAUUUUUGGCAAAAUCUGAUUACCAGGGCCUGAAGACGGCCAUUAUCGAGGGUGACGUGGUGGGAGGCACGUGCGUGAAUCGCGGGUGCGUGCCGUCCAAGGCGCUUCUCGCCGUCAGCGGUCGCAUGCGCGAGCUCAAGGACGAACAUCAUCUCAAGUCGCUCGGCAUCCAGGUCGCAGCUGCGCAGUACGACCGGCAAGCAGUGGCAGAUCACGCGAACAACCUGGCUGCGAAAAUCAGAGGCAACCUGACCAACUCGAUGAAGGCCAUCGGUGUUGACAUUCUCGAUGGCUUCGGCUCCCUCGUCACCCCUCAGAAGGUGAAGUACGGGAAGCCGGGCGCGGCGGAGAAGACGGUGACGGCGAGAGACGUGAUCAUCGCCACCGGCUCCACGCCGUUCGUGCCCCCCGGCAUCGAAGUCGACGGCAAGACGGUGUUCACGAGUGAUGAGGCCCUGAAGCUGGAGUGGAUUCCCGACUGGAUUGCCAUUGUGGGCAGCGGCUACAUCGGCCUCGAGUUCAGCGACGUCUACACCGCUCUGGGUGCCGAGGUGACGUUCAUUGAGGCGUUGGAUAUCAUCAUGCCAGGGUUUGACCCCGAGAUCGGCAAGCUGGCGCAGAGGAUCACCCCUGCACGCGAUGGCAAGCCAGUGCAGAUCGAGCUGGUGGACACCAAGACGCGGGAGUACAAGGAGACGCUCGAGGUUGAUGCGGCUCUGAUUGCCACUGGCCGAGCGCCCUUCACCAAGGGGCUUGGUCUUGAGAAUAUUCCCCACCUGUUCUGCAUUGGCGACGCGAAUGGCAAGCUGAUGCUGGCGCAUGCAGCGAGUGCGCAGGGCAUAUCGGUGGUGGAGAACAUCAAGGGCCACAGCAACGUGCUCAACCACCUCUCCGUUCCUGCUGCCUGCUUCACCCACCCCGAGAUCAGCAUGGUUGGGCUCACAGAGCCCCAGGCACGGGAGAAGGCAGCAGCAGAGGGCUUUGAAGUGAGUGUGGCCAAGACGAGCUUCAAGGCCAACUCCAAGGCGCUGGCAGAGAACGAGGCUGACGGCAUGGCUAAGAUGAUCUACCGCCCAGACACCGGGGAGAUCCUGGGCGUGCACAUCCUGGGGCUGCACGCACCUGACCUCAUUCACGAGGUCUCCAACGCCAUGGCCACCGGCCAAACCCUCAACGUACGCACAUGGGAAGAUUCAGAGCAGUAUUUCACCAACUCUCAAGGGGCGUACUUGGGUGUGUUUGGGUCCGGAAACUCAGGCGGAUCAGGAGGAUUGGGGGGAUUGGGGGGACUAGGAGCAAAUGGUAAUGGCAGCAGUGGUGGCAUCAGCAGCAGCGGUAUGGCAGCUGGAGACACGGGAGGAGUGGUGGGAGGAGGAGUGGAGGGAGGGGAUAUUGGGGGCGAUGGCAUGCCGAUGGGGCCUCAUGUGCACCAUCACGUGACGCCUGAUGGACGGGUGGUGGCGUAUGAGACAGUGCAGGACCGACUGCUGAACUUCUUCCACGAGGCAGCAGGCACAUCUGGUCCUUCUCGCACACUGUUGCUCGCGUUGACGUCAUCUCACUCCACCGCUCCGCACUCCAUCCCAUCCCAUCCCAGGGUAGUGCCAUACGAAACAGUUCAAGACCGGCCCCUGAACGUGUUCCGCAAGGCAGCUGGCUACAUCUGGUCCUUCUCGCACACCGUUGCACGUCGACGUCGUCCGUCUCAUCAUUACCUCCCUUCCCAUUCCCCUUCCCUCCCCUCUCAGGGUAGUGGCGUACGAGACGGUGCAGGACAGAUUACUCAAUGUCUUUCGCAAAGCUGCUGGCUACAUCUGGCCCUUCUCGCACACCGUUGCCCCUCCUCUCCUCUCCUCUCCGUCAUUGAUUCCCAUCCCAGGGUGGUGGCAUACGAAACAGUGCAGGACCGUUUAAUGAAUGUGUUCGGCAAGGCAGCUGGCUACAUCUGGUACUUCUCCCACACCAUUGCACGCGUCGACGUCGUGCGUCCCAUCACCACCUCCCACCGCCGCCGCCGCUAUCGGGACGAUGACGACGGCAACAGGGGCAGGAGCAGCAACGGCUUGAGCAGCAGUUACUUUGCUGUGUAUGUAUGGGGAGGGGGCGCGGCUGAAGCUGAUGCAGAUCUGGGACUUUCCGGAUAA